UGGUUCAGGCUGGAAAUCAGUUGAUGAAAAGUUAAGUGGAUCCGGUCAGGUUUACAAGUAAAAGACUACAUGUGCAGACUUUGGAUCACAUUUUACUCUGAAACAUCAAUACAUCAUUACCUGAGGCUCCAGCAGCAAGCCACCAGAGGAUCUCACUUGAGCCUACAAGUAGACUACCAUCACGUGAUGACGCAAACCUUGUGUGAUCCGAGUCCACUGUACCAACACUCCCAGCGGAAUAGCAUGCCUGGCAGAAAGCAUGGUGCAACCGCACCACUUCAACAUUCAGUGGAACCCCGGGGUCAGGCAUCCUCCCAGAAGGAUUUGGGAUAUUUUAUCCUUGCCUUGAUGCUUUUAUUUGUCAUAAAAAGGCUUCUGUCUUGCAACCCUACUGCUUAGUCAAGAUAUAUGAAGAAUACAGGAGAUAGGUGUUACAUGCAGCACACUGCCAGCACUUGUUGGAAAUGCUUCAUUGUUGCUGUCAUCCUCUUGGCAGCUUCCUUAUGACUGUUUUGUUGUUGUUUUUUGUUAACUUAUCAUGACUGAUGCGUUUUUUAAUAGAGAUUCUUUUUAAUACUUUGGAUGUUCUCUUCAAAUCACUUUAGUUAAAUAAUGCAGAUUGUCAGGAAAAUCCUACUCGGUCAACUGAAUUUAAUUUCCGGUUUAGAUUCACUAGAAUUGACGUCAAGCAGGAUCUCAACGAGACAGAAAGCUGAAACUGAAUCAAACAAUAAUUUAACAAAAGCAUUAGUUUGAGGGUUUGUACACUUUUUAAUGUUUUUCCUGCAAAAAAAAUCUGUGUUACUCAGUUGAAAGGUACAUAACAUAUAGCGAGUUAAGAUUUUAUUUUUUUUGAUAAACUAAAACCUGAAAGCUGUUAGCACUUUUUUAGCUUUGAUGCAUGCAGUGGGGGUUCUUGUGUGAAUGGCGCUCUGGCUGAGCCUUUCCCUCAUUUAGGAAUUGUAUGAAGUGCACAAUAAAAGUUGUAAUGACAUGUUGACUUGUGUUUCCUUUCUAGGUGGAGCAAUAAGCUACCCAGACAUGCCAGUGAGCUUUCAGCCAUGGGCCUCAGGCCUUGAAUCUACGCACAGUUACUACAGCAAUGCUCCAGGACCCAGUUACGAUUCACCUUACCUCCCAGUGCAACAGGAAUACAGCACGCAGCAGCAGGUUUCAAUAUUUGAGAGCUCAAUAUCUCCAUCAUAUCAGGACUGCUCUGUGGCGGUUACAGAACAAAGUAUGGCGUCAAGCUGGCCCCACUUAGGUCCGAGUCAGAACACACAGCAUAUUUAUUGCUCUCCGAUGGAUUCCUUAAAGCUGGAUGAGGCAAGGAGUCUGCUUCGUAGGAUGGACUACAGCAGAGCCACUUGUCAAGAUGAAGACGGUGACACCAUCCUGCACAUCUACACAGCCAAAGGACUCAGGGAGUAUGCCAUUGCUGCUGCAGAGAGGCUCAGGGAAGUAGGGGGGCUUGAUGCCAAGGAACACAAAGGAAAGACUGCUCUACUGGUGGCGGUGACUGCCAACCAGCCAGAGAUUGUGCAGGAUCUUCUGUCAUUAGGGGCAGACAUAAACGCCUGUGACUUUAAAGGUCAAACUGCCCUUCACUUGGCUGCUCACUAUGGAUUCCCAGCCGUUCUGCAGGCGAUUCUGUCAGGCAGACCUAAUGUCAACCUGGAAGCCCGCAAUUUUGAAGGCAUGACUCCCCUACACUGUGCAGCCAUUUCUCACAGUGUCACCAUGAAAGCGUCUGCAGCCGCGCCGGCGGACGUCGGUCUUCAGGCCAAAGCUGAUGAGAAGCUCUCGUGUGUCCAGAUGCUGCUCAUUGCAGGGGCAUCCCUUCUCAGCCAGGAAAUCAAAAGUAACAAGACAGUGCUGCACUUGGCUGUGAAGGAGGGGAACAUUAAACUGGUGGACUACUUGCUGGGGAUUUGCCUGCAAAACAUGAAAGACUUUGUUAAUAUGAAAGCUCACGGUCACACGGCUUUACACAUGGCGGCGGGACUCCACGGCAACCCGAACCAGGAGAAGAUCCUGCAGCUGCUGCUGGACCGAGGGGCCGAUCCCAGCAUCCGCAACCUGGAGAACGACCAGCCAGCUCACCUGCUGCAGAGCGGCCCGCAAGGAGAACGGCUCAAGUUCAUGUUGAAGAGACGAAGCAGUUCCCGUUCUGGCAGGACCAGAAAUAAUUUAGACCACUUGUAAUCCCGAUUUGGUGGGAUGAAGAGUCUUUAAGGUGACUCCUCUGUUGAGAAGGAGAAAGACUUUUCUGUGUUUUUUGGGAGUCUGACCUACAAGUUAAUUGAAAAAAAAAAAGAUUUGACUACAUUAGAUAUUCUUGUUUGAUAAAUUAUGCUUACUAUUUAUUGCCCAUAAAGCAAUAUGGUAAAAUUGAUCUUUUAGGGCAAUGGAAUCAAUUAAACCGGUUCUUGGCAAAACAUUUUUACAAAAUCUACAAAAUGAAAAAGGCUUGUUUUUUUCAUUUUGUAAACAACAUUAUAUGGCAAAAAAGCAGAGAUGCCUCUCUGAAGCAUGGAGUGGUAAUGAUUUCCUUGAUAGGUUCGUCUCCCAAGUCAAAGUUGAUUUCUGUGAAAUCGUGAGUAAAAUCUCUGGGACCAUGUCCCUGAAACUCCUACUGACUCUUGUUAAAAAUCCCUCACUUAUAAAGGUAUCAUAAUGAUACUCUGAGCAGUGGUUUUGAGAUCGACAAGCACGUGUCUUCUUC